AUGAAAUUAAAUAAAGAGUUGGUUCAAAAACUAAUUAAGAAUCAGUUCCCUGAAUAUGGUUGCUUGCCAAUUUGUCAAGUGGAAAAAAGCGACUUAAAGCAAUUUGCCGCCGAUUUGGCAGGGUUUUUAAAGGAAUUUCAAGCAAUUGACGCUUCUAAUGGAACACGUCCAGGAAAACACAAUUUUUAUCGCGGAGGAGAAUUAUCUUUUUACCAUGAGGAAACACAAGCAGCCCUCAAAAAACUUAAAUCAGUGUUGCCAACCGAUAAUGUUUGGGUUCAUGGCGAUAUUGCACCUGGUAAUCUUCUCGUGAAAAACGGAAAACUUUGCGGAAUUAUUGAUUUUGGAAUGCUGGGAGAACUAGGGCAAAAAUUUCAGCACACUUCUCCGUACCAAACUACUACUCUGAAAAAAAUUAUUCUGAAUAGCGGCGUCGGUCAGGCUGUUAAUAAUAAGCAAUUAUUAGACAAUACAGUUCAGGCUCUUCACCAAAUUACAGGUCAAAAGCCAGUUAUUACUCAUGCUAAAAAGUCAAUUACUAAUUUUAAAUUGCGAGAAGGAAUGCCACUUGAUUUUCUUUUUGAAUUAAUUCAAAUUGCUUUAUCGUCUGAUGAAAAAAUUACUAACAAUCAAGGACUUUCUCAAAAAAAAUUUGAUAAAUGA